AUGUAUGUGCUUAGUUGGUGGGAAGGAUCUGCUCAUGAUUCAAAAGUAUUAAAUGAUACUCUAUCUAAAGUUUUUUUGGUGGAUUGUGGAUUUCCAAAUCGAUGUCAAUUUUUGGCUCCUUUUCAAUUUAUUCGUUAUCAUCUUCAAGAUUUUUUAGGUCAAGGUCGUGACCCUGAAACUCCAAAUAAAUUAUUCAAUCAUCGUCAUGCUUCACUGAGAAAUACAAUUGAGAGAAUAUUUGGUAUAUUUAAAUCACAGUUUACAAUUUUCAAAAUAGCUCCUCCAUUUCCAUUUGAUACACAAGUAGAAUUAGUUUUAGCUUGUGUAGGAUUACAUAACUUUUUGCGCAAAGAGUGUCAUGCUGAUGAGUUUCCAGAAGAACAAGAUGAUGAAGGUUCAUCAUCUUUAGCAAUACCGGUUAAUGAGGAGGAUGAUUCUAAACCAAUUAUUAAGACUCAAGAAGAACAAAGAGAGCAUGCAAAUCAAUGGAGAGAUGCUAUAGGUGCUAAUAUGUGGAAUGAUGUUGAACAUUUUAAUGAUAAUGAACAAUAG